AUGGCUGCCGCCGCAGACUCUCCGCCUCCGCCUUCGCCUUCAACCGACGCACCACCACAAGCUGAAUCCGACCAGAUUAAGAAGCCUCCGCCUCCGAAUCUGGCUCCUCCACCCACAACCUACGUCGUCCGGGUACCGAGAGAGCAGAUCUUCUACUAUCCUCCGCCGGGGAACACCGCAAAAUACGAGAAGCUCAGCCGAGGUAGAGAACGCCGGAGCUUCUGCUGCAGAUGCUGCUGCUUCACCUCAUGCCUCCUCUUCCUCUUGAUCAUCGCCGCUGCCGUCUCCGCCGUAGCGAUGUACCUGGUCUUCGGAUUCCAAUCGCCGGGUUACACAGUGACCAAAGUCGCUAUACACGGAAUGAAUCUAACUUCCGCGACGCCGAUCUCACCGGGAUUCGACGUCACCGUCAGAGCCGAGAACCCUAAUCGCAAGGUCGACAUCUACUAUUUGAAGGAAAGCUCCGUAAAUGUUUACUACGACGGAGUGAUGCUCGGCUACGGCGUUUUGCCCGAUUUCUACCAGCCGAGGAAGAGUGUGACGGUGGUUCGGGCGACGGUGGCGGGUUCCGAUAUCGUUCUUGGCGGUGCCGCUAAAGCGAAGUUAAGGAAUGCGCAGAACCGCGGGAAAGUGCCGUUACUGUUGACGGUAGAAGCGCCCGUUAAGUUUGAAGUGGGAGCCGUUAAGACGCCGUUUUGGACAAGUUGA